CUGAUGCUACAACAACAGCUGCUGAUGCAACAACGGCUGAUGUUACAACAGCAGUUGCUGACACAACUACAGUGGCUGACGCAACUACGGCAGAUACUACAGCAGCUGAUGCUACAACUACAGUGGCUGACACAACUGCAGCUGAUGCUACAACAACAGUUGCUCAUGCAACAACGGCUGAUGUUACAACAGCAGUUGCUGACACAACUACAGUGGCUGACGCAACUACGGCAGAUACUACAGCAGCUGAUGCUACAACUACAGUGGCUGACACAACUGCAGCUGAUGCUACAACAACAGUUGCUGAUGCAACAACGACUGAUGUUACAACAACAGUAGCUGACACAACUACAGUGGCUGACGCAACUACGGCAGAUACUACAGCAGCUGAAGCUACAACUACAGUGGCUGACACAACUGCAGCUGAUGCUAGAACAACAGUUGCUGAUGCAACAACGGCUGAUGUUACAACAGCAGUUGCUGACACAACUACAGUGGCUGACGCAACUAUGGCAGAUACUACAGCAGCUGAUGCUACAAGUACAGUGGCUGACACAACUACAGCUGAUGCUACAACAACAGUUGCUGAUGCAACAACGGCUGAUAUUACAACAACAGUAGCUGACACAACUACAGUGGCUGACGCAACUACGGCAGAUACUACAGCAGCUGAUGCUACAACUACAGUGGCUGACACAACUGCAGCUGAUGCUACAACA